AUGGACGAUUCGAUUAUCGACAAUCUCCUCGACGAAUGCUCGCAGCUUCGUGUCUUGAUCGUCGGCGCGUCGCGUGGGAAAGCUCAGCUCAUUCGCGAAGUGUUUGGCGUACAUCGCAUCACGCGCUAUCCACCCGACUUUUCGCGUGACGAGGAGAUUUAUUCCAAGGAGAAUGACCUUUUCAUUGCGCAUGUGUUUGAUUCAUUCGAGGGCGUCGAUGCGGUGCUCGAAAGGAGAAAAAGGGGCGAGCCGGAUGAGGUGAUACAUGCUAUUUGGCACUACAUUGAUGCGCAGGAUGCGGUUGAAUUAGUGUCGGGCUCGAGUGAGCUUGCUUGUCCUGCGGCGGUUCGCAAGAGUGGUAUCCCCGUGCUGACGAUCUUUGGUCGGUUCGACAAUAUCGUGACACGAUCAGAGGCGAUAGGUGCACUGAGGCGGCAAGGCAAACCGUUGUCGGACGGGGACAAGGCGGAUGCGGUGCACAUACGGUCAAUUACCGAGGCGAUUCAGCUCUACUUGAUGCAGUAUCCCAAAACUACAAUUAUCACGAGCAAAUUGCCAGGCAGCAAGCUCAAGCUCGUGGAUGUCAUGCUUGCUCAGCUCAAGUCAACACAGGCAAAGAUGCUCUUCAUUUCUGCACAGCGUCUGAGCGCUAGUCUCAAACUCGACACGUCGCUCUCAAUUGCUAUGAAGCAGUUCCUGGUUGCUACCAUCAGUAGUGCGGUCCCCAUUCCCAUACCCUUUGCUGGAUAUGCGACCACGACAGCAGUGACUGAAAAUAUCAAGGCAGACAUCGUCAAAGUCUGGAACUUGCAUGAUCCAGAGAUCUUGCUGACUGGGACACACGACAAUACGACCAUGAUGGAUACAAUUACAGCUAUACCGGUUGAGACUGCCAAAAUGCUCGUCUUCAUGAUCCCAGGGCUCUCUCAGAUCAAGGGCGUGCUCUCGUUGCCAAAGCUGGCAAGGACAUUGGGUGGGCUGAUGAUUGACUUGGCGCUCAUUAUGGAGCGAUUGUUCCUGGCAACACAGCUUGGAGCGGAUAUCGGCGAACUCUUGGCUACACCUGCCCGCCUCCAAGCAGCACUACCAGCCAAGCUUGAGUUGCUCAACGGAGAACGUCCAUUCAGUCCUGAAGUCCUUCGAGCGAGACGGGAAUUCAUGUCGCCGCCCAUUUCAAGACCUGGCACGCCGUCGAGAGUUGCGCCUGUUGCAGUGGAUGCUCGACCCACACCACCGCCAAAACCACCUCGACCGGGAUUUGCUGUGGCGACGCCGCCUGCGAAACCUCCGAGACCGUCUCCUUUGGAUGCUUGUGUCACGACGCCGCCCGCAAAGCCUCCAAGGCCAGGACAAAACUCACCUGCUAUGAGAACGCCAGUUGCUCGUCAGCCAGUCAUCACAGCGACGCCAUUGAAAGAAUUGACGAAGGACACACUUGUUCAACCAGCUGCAUCGGCAGUGACACGAGAACUGUUGGAUAGCGUAGUGAGGGGAUAUGAGCCGACCAAGCAGCUGGUGGCAGCCGAGCUAGAGACCUUUUUUGAUUUUGAGGAGGGUGGAUUGACCAAGUCGUUCAAGAAGGACACGGUACAACGCAAGUUGAGCGAGAUUGUUCAACGUCAUCGACUGAGCGAGGCUUUCUCGUGA